UGCUUCUGUGAGUCUGUGCGCGCUCGCGUGUGUUGGCUGAGAUGUGCGUAUUCUUUUCCAACAGACGGAGCGAAAGUUGAAGGCUCUGUCGUGCGAUAUGACGGGCAAAUGUCGAUGAAAGGAUUAUUACACAGGAAACCAAGGGAAACGGCACUUUAGGGCGGUGGAAAAAUGGCUCAUCGGUCUCAAUGCUCCUCUGCCGGGGACAACCCCCUGGACCCCAACUACCUGCCCCCUCAUUACCGCGAGGAGUACCGUUUGGCUAUUGAUGCCCUGGUUGAUGGCGACCUGGAGGGCUACUAUGGAUUUCUACAGGAAGCAAAUGUGGUCAGUUUCUUAUCGCAGACAGAGAUCGACUAUAUCAAAUGCAUGGUGCGGGCUCCGCAUCGGACAGCUCAGUCAGAGAGGAGAUACAUGGCUGAAGAUGGAGAUAGCUCUUCGGACACUUACUGGCCGGUUCAUUCGGACCUUGACGCUCCAUGCCUGGACUUAGGCUGGCCACAGCAGUUUGGAUUUGUUGGACCCACAGAGGUUACAACGCUGGUUAACCCGCCCGAUCCUGAGAUGCCAAGUAUCAAGGAGCAAGUCCGGAGAAUGAUCAAGAACGCACAACAAGUUGUUGCUGUGGUGAUGGAUAUGUUUACAGAUGUUGAUAUCUUCGCCGAUAUUCUGAAUGCAGCAAUGCGUGGUGUGACUGUUUACAUUCUUCUUGAUGAACUGAAUGCGCACCAUUUUGUUUCAAUGGUGAACAACUGUAGGGUGAAUCUGGAUGAGAUAAAAUUUAUGCGAGUAAGAACUGUUCCUGGCACUACAUAUUUCUGCCACACAGGCAAAUCUUUAAAAGGUCAGAUGAUGGAUCGCUUCAUACUGGUGGAUUGCAGGGCUGUUUUAACUGGAAACUACAGCUUCAUGUGGUCUUUUGAGAAGAUACAUCGCUGCCUAGCACAUCUGUUUCUCGGACAGCUUGUGACCACCUUCGAUGAAGAGUUUCGGAUUCUGUUUGCCCACUCCGAGCCGUUAGAUGUCGAAAAAGUUUUGGGAAAUAUGUCACACUACAGCAAUAUACAAGAAGGCCAUCUCAACAAGGAAAAGACCCACAUGUUCAACAGAGAAUUUCCAAAUAUGCUCCCCGAAUGGGCUGGUCAUUACCCAGAGGACCAUAUGAAUGUGGGUGACAAAAUGUUACCCUACAAAAACAUUGAACCCACCACCCAACCAUUCCGAGAGGGCCAUCCAUUUAUGGAGCACGGAAGACAAAUGAGAGGACAAAUGGAAAUGUCUGGCUUCAAAAGGCAUGGCUAUCCAGACGUACCCGACUACGGAUACAUGCCCCCUCAAAACCACCCAACAAUGAGAGGCAAACAAUUCACAAAGGGAGUAGUGCCCAAAGGCGGCCACUGUGCAAGGGAACCCGGUUUUUACCAGGGAGCUGGACUACAGCCUGAUUAUGACAUAUAUGGUAGAUUUAAAGGACAAGGCCACCACAUAGAUCAGUUUUCAGGGCCUGGCUACCCUCAUGAAGUAAAUGAGGCCGAACCACCCGGAGCGUAUGACCAUGUCCAAAGAUACCUGAAGUCCCAGUCUCCUAUGGAAGAUGGACACGGUGCCAGGAAUUUACUUUCAGCUGCGCAGUCUAAUCCCAGAAGACACAGCAUGGGUCAGUCUUACGCCUGUCAGACCUCCCCCACGCAACCAAACCUACCAGACCAGAAACAGUUCUUCAACGCAAACCGCAAACCACAAGAUACGAGCCAGAAGCAGGGGCUGCGUGAUUGGAGGAUCAGCUCAUACCUCAGUGCAUUUGAUGAUGGAGAAGAUAUGGAUUUUCCUGAACUCGAAGGAUCAGACUUGUCUGAUAACGUUCCAUGUUUCGUGCCUGAAGGGCCUGGUGGCCCCAUGGGAGCCGAAAUCAGACCAGGAAACAUUGAGUUCAACAGAAUGAUGCCUCCAUCUAGGAACAAUCCACCUUUUAUCCAGAUUCGGAACAGUUCUCCUCCACCUCUAAAUUUAGUCUACCACCCACCAGAUUUAGUUGAAAAUAUAAAAAUACCAAUAGCAAUAAAAACACCGCCAACUUCAGAGUCAUCUUGCACCACUGAAGGCGACAAAGUGGAGGAGACGCCAAUUAAAAAACCAAAGGAGAUCAACUUGUUUGGCGAAGAGUUUCUCAGAAGCAAACCAACCCGCGCUGUCCAGAGAAGUUCCAGACUAAGACACUCGCUGAUAUUCAGUUCAAAUCUGGAGUUGAAUACAUCGGAAGAUUCAAAAGAUGUGGAUGAGGCUUCAAAACUCACAGCUCGUGUAUCACAAAUCAUGGAUAAAAGGUGGUCUAGCGCUAGAGAGCCAUUUCAGUGGAGCAGUUUUGUAAGGUCGGCAACCGUUGAUGAUCGAACCAUUGAGUCUGCACGUUCUGAGGCUUCACUCAACAAAAUUGGUGUUGAUUCUGAUGUCAGUAAGGUCAAUAACUCUCAGGAUGUUGUGCAAGAGAAAAAAACACCAGAAACCAUACAAUCAACAGCUCUUGAAGAAAAAAGCAAAAGAGAUGAAGCUGAAGUAUGGCAAAGAUCAUCUUCUUUCGUAGAUAUGAAUGACCCAGACAGUAGAUUUAAAUAUUUCAAAGAGUUAGCAGCAAAACGCAAAGCUGAACUUGCAACAGCCAAAGCUUCUCAAAGCAAUCCACAGAAAGCGCAGAAGAAAUCUGAAGCACCUGAGAAACCUUCAACAAGUGAUGGUGGGAAAAAAGCAGCUGUAACGACACCAACGAUACAAGACGCCAAAUGUCAGGGAUCUAGCGAAGCCAUCUUGCAUAGAGCCACAGAUACUGAAAAAAUUAGAUUUAAGCAAAAGCUUGCUGAAGAGUCUUUAAAUUCUUCACAAAAAGACACCGCUCCGACUUUAAACACGUCUGUGGAGACAAGCACAGAAUCACAGAAAUGUACGCAAAAGACAAUAUGUACUUUGCCUGGAAAGUCUUCACAACCUGUUAUAAAUCCACCUUCAAAACCAAGCUCAAGAAAUGUUGAGGCCCUCUCAGUGCCUGCUCCAUUUGAGAUCGGUUUCUCACAAAAUCAAGUGGAUUCAGAUGGAUUAAAUACUGCUUCAUCAGAAACCUUGCUCACCCAGUUUCACAUUCCAAAAGAAACAGGCCCUUCCCGUGAGAGUCCAGCGGUAAAUUUGUCACAGUCAAAGUGUUUGUCACCAUUAAACAUCACUCCAAAUGAAUCCAACCAAACACCUGCGCAGACGUCACCCCAUACUUCUAACACAAUCUCUAAUACUGUAUCUGCAGAUUCCAAACUAAUAAAAGGUGAACAAACCCAAAAACAUUCUGCAAUGAAGGCAGAUUCUUCCCAACAGCCCACUGCAACAGAAAAUGCGCAAAAACCCAAUGUACCAGGGUCUUUACAACAGCCAGCCCCAAUGAAGACUGACUCUUCCCAACACCCCCCUAAAACAGAAACAGACUCUUCCCAUCAGCCCACUGCACUAGGAAGUGUAUCUACACAAACUCUUGCCCCAACAGAGACAGACUCCUCCCAAAAACCUAUUGUAAUGAAUGCAGAUUCCUCCCAACAACUCUCUGCAACUGCUCAAAAACAGACUACAAUGGAGGGAGAGCCAACAACAGCGGAAAGUAAAUCUUUUCAACACCCCGCUGCAAAAGACGCAAACUCUUUCCAGCAGCCCACUCCAACUGAAAACAAACAUGCACAAUCAACUGCAACAGAGCCAGACUCUUCCCAACACACCUCUUCAGCUGAGACAGACUCUUCUCAACAGCCCAAUGCAUUAGAGGUGCAGUCUUCCAAGAUUCACAACUUCACUGUAAGAGAAAAUGAAGAUGCCAAGAAAACCAUUGCAAUGCAGACAGAAGCUUUGCUACCACCACCUGCAACAAUACAUGAACAUGCACAGGAGAUGUCUGUAACUAAAACAGAAGCUUUGCAACAACCCCCUGCAGCAAAAGAUGAACAUGCACUGAAGCCCAUUGCAAUGGAGACCGAAGCCUUGCUACCGCCGGCUGCAACACAAGAUGAACAUGCACCAAAACCUAAUGCAACUGAGAAAGAGUUUGUGCAACACCCCAUUGCUACAGAAAAUAAACUAGCCCAAGAACCCAUUGCUAUGGAGACAGAAUCUUUGCAACCGUCACCUGCAACAGAAAAUGAACAUGCACAGGAGAUGUCUGUAACUAAAACAGAAGCUUUGCAACAACCCCCUGCAGCAGAAGAUGAACAUGCACUGAAGCCCAUUGCAAUGGAGACAGAAGCCUGGCUACCGCCGACUGCAACACAAGAUGAACAUGCACCAAAACCUAAUGCAGCUGAGACAGAAUCUGUGCAACAACCCCCUGCAACAGAAGAUAAACAUGCACAAAAGACAUUAGUAGCUGAGACAGAAUCUGUGCAAAAAUCACCUGUAACAGAAAAUGAACAAACCCCAAAAACAACUGCACUGAAGGUAGACUCUUUUCAACAGCCCACUGAGUUAGCUGUGAACUCUUCCACUGCACCAGUAAAACAUUGCCAAAAUCCCACUGGAACUGAGGUUGAACCUUUCCUACAGCCUACAUUACCAGAGACAGACUCUUCUCAACAUCCCACAAAAGCUGUAAGUGAAUCUUCGCAACAGCACACUGCAACAGGGACAGAUGUUUCACAACAGCCCUUUGUAACAGAAAAUGAACUUGCCCAAAAAACAACUGAGUCUUCCCAACAGCCAGCUGCAUUAGGUCAGAACUCCAAAAUCCCCACUGAAACAGAAACUGAACCUGCCCAGAAUCCCACUACAACUGGGGGAGGAUCUUUACAACACCCCCUGGCAACAGAAAAUGAACCUGCCCAAAAACCUGCUGCAACGGAGGGAGAAUCUUCCCAACAUCCUACUACAACAGACUCUCCUCAACAGCCCGCCGCAUUAGGGAUGCAAUCUUCCAAAAUUCCCACAGCAACAGAAAAUGAACAUGUCCAAAACCCUUAUGCAACUGAGGCUGAAUCUCUCCAACACCUUCCUGCAAAAGAGUCAAACUCUUCCCAACAGCCCACUAAAGAUGAAAGUGAACUCAUCCAAGAAUUAACCUCAGAGCAGGCGGAUUGUUUCCAGCAGUCAACAGUGAUAGGAGCAGACUCCUCCCAAAAGUCUACUCCAACAGAAGCGGAUGUUUCUCAACAGGUUUUUACGGAAGAAACUCAGUCCACUGAACCAUCUGUUGGAAAAGAUGUAGGCUCUUUCCAAGAUCCUUCUACAUUGGGAGAGGAAUCUUCUCAACACCUCACUACAACUAAACAUGAACCAUCCCAACACCCCACUGAAACAGACUCUUUUAAAGAGCCAGCUGAAACAUUACACGACCUCCAGAAUCCCACUGAAACAGACACAGAUUCAUCCCACAAGCCAACUGAAUCAGAUGAGUCCAUUUCAACAGAAUGCGAAUCCAUCUCACACCCUACUGAGACCAAGUGUGUGUCUGCAUCUCCCUCCACAUUAAAAGUCACGCUGUCUCCUCAGACCAUCUCCUUUAGUGACACCAUCCCAGCAGAUAGUCACAUAUUGUUCCACACAGGCUCAGUGAGCACGUCAACAAUAGAAACUAACACGGAUCAAAAUAUAUUGAUCACCACGGUGUGCACUAUACAAAGUGAAGCCAAAUCCCCUGAACACAGUCACGCACACAAUGAAUCAAAGGUUGUCUUGCCCACAAUCACUUCAUUACAAGAAACCAGUUCAGCUACUUCUGAGCAGAAAGAUGAUGACGUUUGUCAAGACUUUAGCAAACAAGGAUCCAUCUCGACUACUAACAUUACUCCAGAGAACAACGGCUUAUCUCAAAGUAUCAUCAUCACAGACAGUUUCUCAGCUGAACACAUAUCUGAAAAACCAUGUCCACAGACUGAUGACGGCAAAAUGGAACUAAAUUUCUCCCUGGAGCAAACACAGACCAAACCAUCUGUAGCUCCUGCGGUAAAAGAUGCAGAUAAUGCUGUUAGUCUCAGUUCAGUAGCGGUGAACUCAAAUGAGCUUCAUGAUUCAACAGAGCCGGACACAACGCAACAAUCUGUUACAACAUCUAUACAGGAAUCUGGUUCUUUAAAUGAUCCAAAACCUGAGGAUGAGCUUCAACAGCAUGAGGAGCAACCUCAGAGACAUGACUCUUCAGAUGGGUCUGAGAUGGCUAAAGUUUCUAUAACAACUGAAACCAACCAAACAACACCAGAAAACUGUGUAAGCAACCUAGCAGAGGUGUCUGAAAAAUCUGAAAGUACUGUGACACUAAACAGUGCAGAAAAUGCAAAGAGUCAGUCUGCUAUGACAGAAAAUCCCAAACCCAUUCCAUCCGCCCAUCAGUCGUCUACUGCAAACGUUAUCUCAUGUAGCAACCUUAGAGAUGACACUAAAGUCCUUUUAGAGCAAAUUUCAGCUAAGAACCAAAGAACCAAACAGACUCUUGCUUCAGCCAAUGAGGAGAAAGAGGGCGGGGUUAAAUCUGAAGGACAACAGCUGUCGAGUUUUACAGGAAGACCCUGGUCCUCCAAGGCUUCAGCAGAAGAGAAGGAAAUUUUGCUGCAAAAGAUGGAGAAGAUGAGGAAAGAGAGAAAAGUCUACAGCCGUUUUGAGGCCUCUUAAUCUGGAAUUUAAACCAUUUGGAAGAGCGACUUAAAUACUGGACAAGCAGAGGGAUGCAAGAUUGCCUUAUUUUUCAUCCUGUCUUACCUCAUAACUGUGAACCUGCACAAACUUGUGUCAAAGUAUUUUCUAAUGUGUUACUACAACAAAUAGUGCUCCCUACCUGCAAGACUUAACAUGAAGACUGUUGAGUGCUCCUGCGUCAGUCCUGAACUAAUGAACAGAUCAUUUAUAGACAUGUACUGUGUGACAGAGACAGGAAAACAACCCCCGUAUACCUGCUGGAUAAGGUUUGAUAGGGCAAAUAUUUCCUAUGUAUCUUUGUGAAAACCCUUCUGGAUUUCUGUAAUGUACAUUCUGCAAUAUGGAUGUCUGUAUCCAGAAAUUGAUUUUAUCUCUAGUUAUGAUCUGACAAAUUUGUUUAACAAACAAGAGCAAGGAAGUAAUACAAAAUGUGUGAAGUAGCACUAAAUUUUGAAUUCGAGUGAUAUUCUACUGUAAAAUAUUGGGUGGAUUUUUGUUUAAGAAAGCUAUUUAUACCCUAAAAGAAAUGAUUUUAUACUUUCAAAGCCCUUUCUAUGUAGAAUUCCAGAUAAUUCUAAUAAACUUGUUCUCACAACUACCUAAUAGAGGAUUUUAUGAAUAGAUAUGAAUAGAGAUAUUUUAAUAACAAAAACAAACUAAUGUGUAAAUACAAUUAAGAGUGAAUUAUGUUUGUCUUCAAUAAUGAUUUGAAAGAAGUACGUCUUGUUUGGUCAUUGAAACGGUGAGAUACAAUAAAAUGAUGCAUUUUAUACAUGGGCUAAAUGUAUUUGUAUUCUAAUAUUUGGUAGAAUAAUGUGGGGGAAAACAUAGUUUAUCUUCAUCAGAAAUUGUCAUAUUGGCACCAGGAACUAGAUUAACAUGAAAUAAAGUUUGAUCAAAUAUGCAAUAUUUUAUCUUUAAGAUCUCAGUAUUGAGUUAUUUAAAUGGUUAAGCAUGUCUGUCCAUAUAUUACAGAGUGAGACAGAAUCUGCUUUUUCUUAAUCACAUGUGAAGAUAACCAAUGUCUCAAAAAUCUGCUACCGCUCAGUUACGGUUUCCAAACGUUAUUUGUUUAAAUUACAUUAAAAAUAAAGAAUGGUCUGUUACACUGACAAAAAAUAAAAAUGAUCACACAA